AAAAGCAUUUUUACAAGACACAGAACUAUGUCGGAAAAGUGUACCCUCAGUAGGCUUAGGCAUCUGAUUCAGAGCCCUAGCCAAGCGUUCAAGUACUUCACGUUCAAACAAAUUAAUCGAAAAAUCAAUAACAAGGGCAUUUUUAAGUUUAUUUAUGCCAAGCCCAAAAAACGACCACGAAAUCCAAAUUUCAGUGCUCAAGAUACUAAACCAACUGUUCACCACUCAGAGGUCCCCAAACAGAAAAAUGGAUCAGCAGCCAGCCGAUAAAGGCGUUGCUGCUGACUCCACUAAGCAAGUGACCAUUGAUGAACACAAGAGCGACAUGAAAUCGCCACAACUGCUCGCUGAUGAAAACAAUAUUUUUGAAUUCAUGGAAGAAAUCAGUACAGCCAAUGUGGACGCCACCAAUCUUGUUCAGACAGCCCUCGUUGGCGAUAAUGCAAGCACAACCACAUUCACCACCACAAAGGAUUCAAAUAAUACAGACAACGAGCCCAAGGAUCACAUGCACAAGGUCAUGCCCAAGGAGGAGGACGCCGCACAACAGUCCACCACAGCCACAAGCGCAGCCAUAAGCCCAAACGCAACAUCGAAUGAGCUUUCCAAUCAAGCCACCACCACCAUUGAUGGCUUAAACAGUGUGGUAGCAAUCAGUCAUCGCAACGAGUUUGCGAAACUCUUGAUGCGGAUGGGCGAGGAGGGCGAUGGGGAUGCCAAUCAGAUAGUAAUGGAGCUGUUGAACACCAAAACGGAGGCCGACAAGACAUCGGUUAUCGAACGCGUCUCGGAGAAUCUCAUGCAUGUACUGCGCGCUCAGACCUUGAUCGAUGCUGGCAUCAUAACUGGCAACGAGCGCUAUCGUUGCUUCAAGUCCGUCAUACAGAACUAUGCGAAGCUCCAUGCGGCCAAAAAGUUCAUUGAGAAGUUGUCGGGUCUGUCACCCGAACCGGAAGUGGGUGGUGAGCAGAAGAUGCUCGCUCGCAUGGUGGCCGACGAAGUUCUACAAAUACCAGAGCUGCUUCGCCAACUCUGGUCCUCCCUCGAGAAGAUGGAGUUCUUCAACGAAGACACAGCCUUCAAGGUCUACUUGGAGGCCCGAACCCAUCCACAAGCCAAGAUAUUGCGCGAACUAAUGCUGACUCGCAUAUCUCGCGUCUUCCUUUGCAUCGUCAGCUCCACUUCCUUUCUCGAGUUCAGCGAGCACGAGCUGGUUCAUGUCCUCAAGAACUGUUAUCUGAGUGUGAACUCUGAAAUUGAGAUCUUUCUCUCGGUCGUGCUGUGGUUGGAACACAACUGGUACGAGCGCAAGUCUCAGGUGGAGCAUGUCCUGAGUGGGGUCCGCUUUAGCCUGAUGCCCACCUGGUACCUCUCGACCCUGGACCGCACCAACAGAUGCAGCCACUUUGCUCGAGUUACCAAUAUGAAAUGCGUUCAAAAUCUACUCGACCAAGGUCUUGCAGAUGCAAUGGCACUGCGUGGGAAUAUGUCGCGAUUCUCGUUUAGCAAGACGGUUGAGAAGCCCAUGCCACGUGAUUGGAUUGCCGACCCCGAAUGUGGCCAUCACCACAAGGUGCAUUGCGAGCGCUUCGUCUACCCUACUUAUGAGGUGUUCAAAGAAUAUUUAGUUAAGAUCAUACGCUGUGCUCCCAACUAUUGGCGUACCCUCCGACCGGCACAGGAAAUCUAUCGCAAGGUGCUCAAGUGCUGUUCUCCGCCAAGCUACUACUGAUACUCAACGUUCCACCUUUGCCGUUUUCUUAAGUUAACAUUUGAGCUGAGGCACACAUUGGUACCAUGAUCAUGCCUUUUUGACAUUGGCAACACAACUGUACUUUUGUUUAUUGUGAAAUUACCUGUGCACCCUACCACCUACCAUCCACCCAGUAUAUACUAAAAUACAUUACUUAAACCCAGGCAAAAUAAUA